UAACUUUUUCCAUUCAGCAUUUAACAACACGAAGUUUAAUUAUUAUUUUAAAGCAGACAGCAUAAUACUUUUUUAUAGUUUUAUUAAAAAGUGCUAAGCUCACGAUAUUUCACCUUCAUAUUACAAUACAAUGUCGCUUAAUACCGUUUUUAUCAUUUUUUAAAAUAAAUCCUUUUUUACUUCUUCUUUUAGUUACAAUAAUGUUUCACAAAUAACAUUCAAUUUAAAUGUAAUCAUUUCGAGUGAAAUCAAACGUUAAUCUUAAUUCAAAUGCUAGCUACAAAUGGAUACCAAUAUCGGGGUAUUCGAGAAUGCUAUCAUACAGGUGGUGGUCGAAAGUGUUGUGCCGGAUAUGAUAGUUGUGUCAUACACUGCCAAAAAUGGGUCUGUUUACCAAGGCAUAUUGCUGAAUAACGCUAAGAGGCGUUUCCCGUGUGGAAGUGUCCCAUUGACAAAACCAGCGUUAUCGCCCAGAAAUUGUAAGACUGAAUCUGAUAACGAUGUGUUGUAUGCUGUAACUCAACGUUUUACCUAUUUCCAAAACACUCCUACCACGUUUAAAAAGAUUCCCAACAAAACUAAAAAAGUGAAAAAGCCUAUGACUGUUCGUUUACGACCACGGCAAGUGUUGUGUACCAAGUGCAAAUCGAUUUGUACAGAAAAUUCUGACAACGUUGAAAAUUCUAAGGAUCCUGUUAAAAAUGGAACAAACCAAUUAGUUCCUGAAGUUAACGGAGAUAGAAGAUUGCUACGAAGUCAAGGUCCUGUUCCGGAACCUACACCAAAGUCAAAAUCCAACUGUAUAUCCGAUAUGAAAUCGAUGUGCCGUACAUUAAUGCCCAAUAUUGCUAAACUUAAACCUAGAGAAAUAACGGACGCAUUCAACAAGUACCCGACUUUAACCGAGAUAGUCGAGUGGGACGAUAACAAAAAAGACUGCGAAGAUGACUGUGAUAGUGAAGACAAUGAUGAAGAAUCGGCAUUUCAAAAGAAACCUAUUGUAGGGUCGGUCGAAGAUUUAUGGGAUGACACUACUGUAGAAGAGACAAAAAAAACCCCAAUUAUUAAAAUAACGUUUGGAUCUCAAGGUGAAGGUACUGUUAUGGAAAUACCGUCUAGACAAGCCGAUGGUGAAAGCGAACCAAACAAAUUAUUACGUAAACGAGGUAAACGUAGACGACAAGAUGGUGAAAAAAGGAAAAAGCACAAGAAAAGACAUAAAGAGCAUGAAAAUAAUCCUGACAUUAACAACAUAUCGUUUGACACAAACAAUUUAAACGCAAAAGAGGAAUACAACAUAGCAACGGAACCCAAUGAUGACUAUGAAACUAACGGUGAACAUUAUGAUGAAACCAAAUCGAAUAGCUCACACAAUCUUUUGAUUAUUCCAAAAUUGGAACCGGACGAAACAAAUUCUUGUUUUGUUUUAAAAUCGGGAAAAGUUCUUCACGAAGGCGAUAUUGUUUGGGGAAAAGUCAAGGGUUUUCCUUGGUGGCCGGCAAAAGUAUCAAAUUUUGCAACAAAUAACGGUGAAGAACAUGGUUCGUUUGUUAAUGUCACUUGGUUUGGUUCUUCUACUAGUUCAUUACUUAACUGCGAUCAGAUCAACCCGUUUUUAGAUUUUUAUAAGUCGCGUUUUAACAAACAUAAGAAAACGACAAGCUAUAAAGAAGCAAUUAAACAAGCUAUGGCCGAAGCCAAACUACUACAGAAUACUCCUACCAAAAAUGAAAGUUAAUGUUUGCAGAUUUUUGUGAGUUUAUGUUAUUUAAUGUUAAUUUUUAAUUUAUCUUAUCUAAUUGUAAUCAUAUUUUUCUUCAAUACUUAUCUUUUUCAUUUGAAUUUGUCAUUAUUAUUUUAUUUAUAUUUAUAUCAUUUAUCGUAUUUUUAACUAGUCCUUAAAACAAAGCACAGGUUUGCAUCACAAACUUUUAACAAAAACGAUUUUAGAUAAUAUUGAACCACAUACUUUCAAUAGCUUUUAGUAAGCUAUUAUAUGUUCAUAAAAACACAGGUCGAAUUUUUAUUUUAAAAACAGUUCCUUUCUUUUUAAUGAUUUUUUAUAGAAUUUUAAAAGUGUUAUUUUAAAUAAGUUUAUUUAUAAUGCUUUGUUUUAUUAUGAAACAACAAAUUUAAUAAUUGCUAAAAAUUACAGUUGAAAAUAUGAUACAAUUUUACAAUUUUGUGACAAUAAUAGCUUACUUGAAUUAUCAAAGUGUUAAUAUGAAGAUUAAAAUAUAUUUG